UUAGAAAGUGGUGCAUUCCCAUUCGUUUUUGGUCUAAAAUGACAUUUGCUUUCAUUAGCAUUAGGAUGAUUAACUUCUGGUUUUCGUAACUAAAAGGUGGAAGGGUUGGUCCAAUUGGUGCUUAUCUUCAUAGCCAUGUCUAUGGAGGUUUGUUACAGUAUUCAUAAAACGUAAAUGCAGUGUUUUUAUUUUGGUUUUUUUCUCAUUCGAUGAAGAAAACAACAUAAAACCGUGUCUGCUUAGGUUUUAGCCAAGAACAUAGUUCCCAAAAUUGACGUGGAAUUCAAAUUUUGAAACAGUCCAAAAAGAGAAAGAAAAACCGAACAAUUACAAUAUCCAUUGAGAAUGAUUUGGUGCUUGGUGUCGGCGGUGGAGUCACCAUAGCGUGACACCAAAAUCUGAUUUUGGCGCGCGCCCACCACUUCCUUUCGCAUCUCCACUGUUCAUAACAAAACUUUUCAUCAUCAUCUUCUUCUUUCUUCUGAUUGCUGUGGAAUUGGCAUGAACGAUCACAACCCAUAAAAAAAAACCCCUUCAUUUCCGUCCCAUGAUCGACCUCCAACAUUCCUCAUGGUCACGGACUCCAAAGCCACUCCCCGCCGCGGCCUCCUCGUCGGCAACUACUGCCACGACGUCCUCCACCGCGACGGCCGCGUCUCCGCCGAGACCCUGGGCGGGGCUGCCUCCUUCAUCUCCGUCAUCCUCGACGCCCUCUCUCUCCCCUUCCACACCGUUUCAAAGGUGGGUCCGGAAUUUGCCUACGCCGCCGCUACAUCCUUGCACCCACCAUUAACGAUCCCCACAUCGCGAACCACCCUCUUCCACGCCCACUUCGGUUCGGGAAACCCGGACCGUCUCCUGAACCGCGUAAUUUCCUGCGACCCCAUCCGACCGGACGACCUCCCGGUCCAGAUCCGGUUCGCGUUCGGCCUGGCAGUCGGGGUCGGCGGGGAGAUUCUGCCGGAGACUCUUGAGAAGAUGCUCGAGAUCUGCGACAUCGUGUUCGUCGACAUUCAGGGUUUGAUUCGCAGGUUCGGUCCCUCCGACGGUCGCGUUAGCCACGUGACGCUCAGCGAGAGCGGGUUCCUCCACCUCUUGCCGCGCGUUGCGUUUCUCAAGGCCUCCGCCGACGAGGCCUCGUUCAUCGACGUGGAGGAGGCGAGAAGGUGCUGCUGCGUUGUCGUCACGCACGGGAAGGAUGGGUGCGAGGUUUUUUCUGAAAAAGAUGCGAUUCGGGCCGCGCCGUUCAAGGCUUAUCAGGUUGAUCCCACCGGCGCCGGCGAUUGUUUUCUCGGUGGCUUUGCUGCUGGGAUUGUGAGGGGAUUGAGCGUGCCUGAUGCCGCCCUGUUGGGGAACUUCUUUGGGUCUUUGGCCGUGGCCCAAGUGGGACCCCUUAAGCUUGACUCCACCUUGGUACAGUUGAAGGCACAACCUUGCAAGGCAACUUUCAAGGAGAUGAACAUAGAUUUGAAAGGUCAGAGUGUGGGUUUCUGAAUUGGACAUGAAUUGACAGGAGGUGUGUUGGAAGUGAGAAUGUAGUUGAUUAGUUUGAGAUUUCUGUUGAGCUUUACCUUGUAUCAGAUCCAGACCUUUCCAAACCCCAAAUCGCUAGUUUCUUGUCUAGAAUAGAAUAGAAUAGAUAUUUAGAUUUAUAUUUGUGGCUCUGAGAAAAUUUUAGGAGUGCUAUGAUAUAGAAUUUAGGUUGGAAAGAUGAAAGAAACAGAAAGGAACAGCAAGGGAAAGAGGAGGGGAAGAGAGAACAAAACAGACUUGGGAGGUUUAAGGGAGAGAGGAGAGAACUGAGAGGUCAAAGAAUAUGUGCACUGCACUUCUAUCAUUAACAUUCACUAACAUCCUCGUCUUAUUAAUAUUUACAUAUCAUGGUAGAUGUUUUUUAUGAACAAAAUAGAUAGUUAGAUUUAUAUUUGAGGCGUGAUAAAACUUUAGGAGUGCUACAUGUUAUUUUUCUGUGUACACCUUGUUACUCAUGAUUUGUAUGGAAGCUGGCUAUUCUUAUCAGUGGAAUUUCCAUUUAAAAAUAUUGUCAGUUUGUUUCAUGGCAAUCUAUAUAUAGUUGUCAAUGUUACUUCAACAUGCAGACUGUUACAGUUUGUAGGAAACUUUGGAUGUGCUUUCUGUUUACUUAUUAUAGAAUGAUUUUGCUCGCUAUGCCAUGUCAGAGUUGCCUACUUAUCAGUGUUGCCUUUUGUUUUCCUUGGUAUUAUUCUACAAGGAAUGAAACAUUUUGUUCAUCAUGGGCAAUUUAUAAUUAGACAAAGGCUAUUUGAUUAUCAGAAUGCUUGGAUCCCUGUUACUCACAAACAUACGUGCAUCCAUUCUAAAGCAUUGUAUGGUUGCUUCUAUGUCUUUCAAAUAAUAUGGCAUGUAAACGUAAAUAUGCAUAUGUUGGAGAUGUUCUUCCUAACACGUGAUGUGUAUAAUUCUAAUGCACACGUAGAGCCAAAAAGGUAAUACUAGAAAGAGGGCCGAGUCCAAACUCCAAAAUGCUAAGUCAUUUCUGGAUGGACAGGUCAAGCUAAGCCCACUAGCAUACACUCCUUCACUCUUGGAUAUGGUCAAAAAUUUAAUAUGGUGUAAAGCAAACUAAAAAAGAGUCGAUUGGCUAAAAAAGGUUAGGCCAAACAUAAAACAGGUUAAAAAAUAAUAGAUAAAUGAAAUCAAUUCAAUCAGUUUACAUAUUCUAAACAUGGUCCUGCGAAUGACUAAAAAAGACGAGCAAUUUGAGGCUUUUGAGUUUGCAUACAAGGUAAAAAGAAAGUCCUCUAAUCCUCCGUGAUUAUGCCAUUUUUGUGUUUCAAAUUUUGAUGAUUACAAUUUUAUGUUGUGUGUUUUCUAAAGGUAUUACAUUCAAGUAUGGCAGGUCUGAUAUCUCGUUAUCCUUUAUUACAGAAAAAUAUUUCAGAUAGUAUCCUCGGGAGACAAAAAUGUUUUGGGAGUGUUUAUGAUCCUUUUUAUUAAAACUGGAAACCAAAACACCUAAUAAAACUCAUCCUGCUGCUUGGAAAGGUUAGACAUGUGUAAGUAAUUCAUGUGCUCCAAUUUCCAUUAUGGC